ACAAGAAGGCCAAAUUAAAUUACAAUUCCUUUGUUUCUAUCUUGUGACAGCAAGAACUCAACCCCACCCAAACUCUCUCUCCUCUGUUUCUAUAAUUACCAGAAAUCAGGGAGAAUUUUCUGGUUCUUGUCUUUGUCUUCUAAACAGCAAAUCCUAAGUUUUGUUAGUUUCUAAAACCUUAAGGUAUUAAAGCAAGGAGCCAAAGAACCAAAAAAAAAAAAAAAAUCCAAAGAGAUUAGCCUCAUUAAUUGAUCAAAUUACAGAAUUAAGCUGAACAAGCUUGAAAAGGGUCUUUUCUUGAAGACAAACAUAAAGGGUUCCUUCCAGAAAGAUCUCCUUUUUAGCCUUCUUAAGCAGCUUUCUUUCAUUAUUCACUCUUCCAAAAAUGUCAAACCUCUCUUCUGGGAAUAGUAGUGCAGGUACAGAAGAAGCAGAUGAAACUUCCAACAUGUUGUCUAGUACAAGUAAUGGAUCUAGUGUUCAUCAAGAACAAGCUCUUCCUAAUAAGAAGAGAAGGAAAUUACCUGGAAAUCCUGAUCCUAGUGCAGAAGUUAUUGCCUUAUCACCAAAAACCCUAAUGGCGACAAAUAGGUUCAUCUGUGAAGUGUGCAAUAAAGGCUUCCAAAGGGAACAAAACCUUCAAUUACACAGGAGAGGACAUAAUCUACCAUGGAAACUAAAACAGAAAACAAGCACUGAGAUAAAGAAACGAGUGUAUAUUUGCCCUGAACCUUCGUGUAUCCACCAUAAUCCUGCUCGUGCUCUUGGGGAUCUCACGGGGAUUAAGAAACAUUUUUCUCGUAAACAUGGAGAAAAGAAAUGGAAAUGUGACAAGUGCUCCAAAAAGUAUGCAGUGCAAUCUGACUGGAAAGCCCAUUCUAAAACUUGUGGCACAAAGGAGUACAAAUGUGACUGUGGUACCAUCUUCUCCAGGAAGGAUAGCUUUGUGACUCACAGAGCCUUUUGUGAUGCUCUAGCUGAAGAAAACAACAAAGUAAACCAAGUUUUAGCUUCAACCACACCACCUUCCACUGGCACUGGCAGCACCAAUAUUAACAAAUUAGUGCCUGCUGAACUCAUGUCCAGUACUUGCAUGUUGAGCUUACCAAAAAUCAGGAACUCAAACAUGAAAACUUUACCUCAAGAACUCAUUCAAACUCCUCCAAGACACUUAAACCCUGCAGGAAGCAUGUUUUCCUCUUCUUCUAGCUUUAAGCUAGGCACGAAUUCAUCGAAUAUGUCAUCAGCAACAGCAUUGUUACAACAAGCAGCUCAAAUGGGUGCAAAUGUGAGCAGUAGCAUGAACUCUCCGAUAAUGGUGCAAAAAGGGUGCCCUUCUCUGUUUAAUGGCAUGCAACUUCCAAUUCAAAGUAAUCAUGGAUUUGUUGGGUCUAUGUUACAACAAAAUGGUUCUCGCGGAAUUCUGAUUUCAGAACUAAUGGACUCGAAUAAUACAGGUGAUGAUCAUCAGAAAUCUUCAAGAAUGCUGAAUGAGGGGUUGCAUGGUUUAUUUAAUGAAAAACAGAGAUUACUGAAUAAGGAAGGCCAUAGUAAUGAUAGCUUGACUCAUGAUUUUCUUGGGAUAGGAGGCAUGACACAAAUGAAUUUACAUGAAAUGCAUCAGCAGCAGCAGCAGCAGCAAGAAAUGAGUACUUUUGAACAGCAAAAAAUUAGUCAGCAAAAUAUUCCAGGAGUAGACUCCAUGUGGGAUGAUUGAAAGAAUUACUGAAUUCGGAAGACGGAAAUCUUUUUAUAUGUAUGUAGAGGCGAAGCUAGAAUUUGAAGUUUAUGAAUUCGAUAUUUUAAGCUUUUUAGUUAUUGAAUUCUAAAUUAGUAAUAAUUUGUACAUAUUGAAUGAAUGAAUUUCUUAAGACAAAUACGUGAUUUGGACCAAAAUGAAA